AUACUUUCUAUCCAACAUCAAAAAAUAGUUCACUGUUGUACCGGAAACACUUCUUGAGACCCGGAUGCUGAUUUUUCUUUUCAGUGCGGGCGGCAACCAAGUCCAUUCGAUCAUCUUCAUCUGCCUGCUAUAUUUAAAAGUGGACAUGAGUUUACUAACGAAACCGAAGAGUGAAAUGAAUCCAGAUGAGCUGGAGAAGAGGGAAGAGGAGGAAUUUAAUACAGGUCCACUUUCUGUCCUGACACAGUCGGUCAAAAACAACACCCAGGUUUUAAUCAACUGUCGGAACAACAAGAAACUUCUUGCAAGAGUCAAGGCUUUUGACAGGCAUUGCAACAUGGUGUUGGAAAAUGUUAAGGAGAUGUGGACAGAAGUUCCAAAAAGUGGCAAAGGCAAGAAGAAAUCAAAACCAGUCAAUAAAGACCGCUAUAUCUCCAAGAUGUUCCUUCGAGGGGAUUCAGUCAUCAUCAUCCUAAGAAAUCCUCUUAUUACUGGGAAGUAAAUUACUGGAUGCAUCAGUUCUGACCAGAAAUUCCGAUCCUCUUUUAUGGAGCCGAAGUUUCCUGAACAACUUCCAGACUGUUUUUUUGCUGCCUUCACAACAUAGUUAUAGGAGUGUUUCAGGAAACUGCAAUGGAUUGACUGUGUCCCUCCUACUCCCCCUCUCAAAUGUGUGUUUUUUUUUUUGCUUGUAUCGCCCAGUAACACCUUAAGUGCAGGUGAGCUGUUUGUAAUCGGCAGUAGUUUGAUGCCUAAGCAAUUUAUGUGACAAACUCCUCUUCAUUGAAGUGUGCAGUGGGUUGUUGUUGCUAGUUGGAUUUACCACAUGUGUAUGUUAAUAUCAACUGAAGUUAGUUUGCUUAUAUGAAACUAUGUUACCAGAUGCUUCAUAACUAAACAGUGCUUGAAUGUAAAUUUGAAAAACUAGGAUAUGUAAAGUUUGUAGUUUUGGUGAUUAUCCAUUGUAGUGCUAGUUCUCUGGUAAUUAAAUUCAGUCAUGCGACUUUAACCCUUAUUACUUCAUACUUUGUUGUGUUGAUUUGUUCAGGUUUUGUAAGUAACUACUAUAACCAUAUGUCUUGGAAGUGCUCCAGAAGGAAGCCUCUUGAUAAGAGUUGUCACUGUUUAAGGUUUUAUUGUUCUUGCCAUUUUUUAAAUAAAAUAUAAAAUAAGUACA